GUGGCGGUGCUAGUGUAUAUGUGAAUCGACCCGUGCAGCCCCAUGAAAGCCCUAACCAAAGCUCUGCUCGUUUCAGUCCACCAUUGGUUCGUCAGCUCCCGACCCGAGCGCACACGAUUUUUCUUUCAUUCCGCUUCGUUUAUCCAUUCCAUUUGAUUUAUUAUUUUGGGUUGUUUUUUGUUUGUUUGAUUCUUUUUUGAUCAUUCACAAGUGUGUUGGCUUCGCGAGUUCUUUUCUUAUCUUCUCCUCUUUUACUCUUGUUUUGUAAAAACAAUUAACGUUCGAUUUCAUUGACCGUAAUCUUGUGGGUUUCUUGGGUUUGUUCACGCAACAACGGUUUCGUCAACAAAUAUUUCCCCCUACAGUUCCUCCCUCCCUCUGACUUGUCCUGUGAUGCAAUUCCGACGUGGACACAUCCGGAUCCAGUGAUUAAGAGCGUAAACAAUUUGGGUUUUGAGCCAGUGCGCCCGCGUGUGUUGUUCUGUGAGUGUUUUGUGUGGUGUGUCAACAUUUGAAUGCGUCAUUUCUUACCCCUACGAACUUCCGUUGGUUGCUAUUCGUGAGAGCAAUCAUUCCCCCCCCCCCCUUGAACUGAAGAAGCGACUCAUUGCCAAGAAACGAGUUUCGAAUUGAAGGUGAAAUUGGGCGCCCCCCACUACGAAAUAGUUUGGCUCAUUCUCUGUCCCGUCUCGAGACGCAUCGGUCCGUCAUCGUCUAGAAUUUUGCGCGUCUUUCGCCACUUGGAAGACGAUCCAUUUUGAACAGCAGCAACAAAUUACAAAAGUUAUUGUCUUUGCCGCGAAUGGAGGUCGAGCAACGGUUCCCAAGGAUGCAGCUGGUGAGAAAAGCCGCUGAACAGUACCAGCGACUUAUCAUGGAUUGCACUCGACCUACUCUGGCCAUCCACCAGCAGCAGACGGUCCGCGAUGCGAACGGAUCGACGACGAGUAUCCAGCAGAACAUCAAGCAGCGAGUCGCAGGAGGCAACGCCAGCAAGCACAGCAUAGUCAGCCUCAGGAAAUGGCGGCCGAGUAGGAACGGAUUCAAAUCAUCAUCUGGCGGCAUCUCGGCCAGUGCAACGACGACCUCAACAUCGACCACGCACAGCAAAGCGGAGAGCAACGGCAUCGACAAUCCAGCCGCUUCCGGACGUCCCACCUGUUACCACGGCGACAUGACAAUGUUGCAACUUCUCGCUUUCAAUGCGCUGGAUCUAUCGGCGCCGGCCACCGACGUCCUAUUGAAGAACCGGCGCUCGUCGUGGGUUCAGCUGUCCGGCCACCCCGGUUCGUUUGCUCCGGCCGGCCUGGGCACCCUGUGGAAGAAGCAAGGGGCCGACAACAACGAACAGGUUGUUUACGAGGCGCUCAUGAAGGACUCUGCCAGCGAUAUCGUUCCCAAGUAUUACCGCGACGUCAGCUACCAAGGCGAAAGCUUCAUUGAAAUGCAAGACUUGUUGCACGGCUUCACCGAUCCCAACGUCAUCGACAUCAAAAUGGGAACGCGGACAUUUCUCGAAUCGGAAGUGACCAACACAACAGCUCGAUCGGAUCUCUAUCAAAAGAUGGUGAAAGUCGACCCCAGUGCGCCGACCAAAGAGGAAAAUGAAUUGCAAGCCGUCACCAAGUUGCGCUACAUGACGUUCCGCGAACAGCAGAGUUCUUCUUGCAGUCUCGGAUUUCGCAUCGAAGCCAUUAAAUUCCAAGGAAAACCGCCCGUCAACGAUUUGAAAACGGUGCAGACCCGUGAAGCCGUCCAGUCGAUGCUAGAAGUGUUUGUCGGCCGGGGUCGUCCUAGUGUCAAAAAGGAGCUUAUCACUCGGCUGAAGCAUAUCAGACAAAAGUUUCAGGAAUCAUCUUAUUUCCAAACGCAUGAGGUUGUCGGCAGCAGUAUUCUGAUCAUUUACGACAGCCAACACGUUGGUGCCUGGGUGAUCGAUUUCGCCAAAACUCUUUCGCUGCCCGAUGGUCUGACCGUCACUCACCGUCAGCCCUGGCAACAGGGCAAUCACGAAGAGGGCUGGCUCACGGGUAUCGAUAACCUCAUUCGGGAUAUCGAGGCCCUUUAUUGUGAUGCCAAUGCAAAAGAGACGCAAUUGAAACGAUAAAUUCGGUUUGAAGAAAUUUACCAAUUUGGAUGGAAUGAAAGACAACAAAAGUUAUUUUGCAACGAAAUUCUUUCUCCAUUAUUUUUCUCUAUUUUCCCUUUUUUGUAUUCCUUUUUUGUAUUCCUUUUUUUUAAUUAUUAGUUUUCAGUUUUGUUUGAUUCUGCUCCCCCCGCCCUCCCUGAUUUGUUCCGUACAAGCUCUUUUAACGGUUAUGUAAAUUGCGUUUGAAUGGAUCAUGUCUUGAUGAUUGCCAAUGAUUGCGCGCGUGCAUGAGUGAGUGCUUGAAAAAUUUAGGAUCCAAAUUUGGAAAUUUUUGAUUCUCCCUGCGUGUUAUUUUUUUUUUUUUUUUUUUUUUUUUUUGGCCUAGAGGUUUUUUGGAAUCACCUUAAAUAUCCCACACGACCUGUAUUUUUUUACGUGUCUCCUACCAUUGCGUGUGUGAUUUGUUUCCUCUUAUCUCUCUCUUGUAUAUCGCUUGUGCCUCGAGACGUCCUUUUCUCGCCGUAACACACCUCAAGUUUAUCGCCAAGGACCAAAAAACAAAGAAAGAACAGAAGAAAAAAAAACGAAAAGAAUCGAAACCAACAAAAAAAUUACUAACAAAGAAAAAAAAAUUCAAUAUCCAACAAUCAUAGUCCAAAUAACUACUACGAAAACAAAAAAAUAUGUUGGAAUAUCUAUUUCUAUUACAGUGGAAUAUUUUGUGUUCCACAUUUUCGUGUUGUAUUUCUCCCACCUCACGAAUGGUGUCCAUCCGAGAGACGUGGCUAUUCCUCUUUUUUUUUCCUUUUUUUAGUUUGUGUUUUUUUUUGUUUUGCGCGCGGCUUUAGUGUCAUGAGUGGAAUUGGAUUGACGACGUUGACAAAUAAAAAAGAAAUUUCAGAAAAUGUU